CAGCCUUGUUAUCAGCUCGAACCAUAGCCUAUAGAGAGCUCAUGCUCGGAGGCCAAGAAGAUGGCCAAGAAAUCGAACGCCAAACGCUCGAAAUCGGGUACCAAAACGCCCAAUCGCGAGCCGGGAGCGUCUAGACCAGCUUCACCAGAACCGCAGGGCAAGCUGGGUGAAGAGGAUGAGCCACAGGGAGAGGAUCAGGUGAAGACAGAGGAAACAACAGUAGAGGAGAAGGAGGCUGUCGAGGUAGAGGGGACAGUGACGGCGGAUGCUACCUCUGAAACACGCUCUUCACAGCAGGUGGAGGCUGCGAAUGAAGAGGACGAAUUGGAGGAACCAACAAAGGUCAACGGUACGGCAGGUCACCAUGCGGACGAUGAGAGCACAGGAGCACAAGCAGACAACGAGGAUAAGACAACGAAAUCAUCGCCAGUCGACGGGACUGCGGAAGCUGUGAAAAAUGGUGUUGGCGGUAUCGAUCCCGUGCCAGAAGCGGCAUCAUCACCUGCUGAGGGUGUCGUAGCUGAAUCGACGGGGACGGAAGAGAAGGAAGCGCAAACUGAUACUCAGGAAGAUACGGUGGCACGCCAGGAAGAUGCAUCUGUCACGGCUGACGUUGACCAACGUAUACGCGAAGCUGAAGUCGAAGCCGAGACCGAGGACAACAACGGCGAAGCAGCAGAAGGAGACGAGGCAGGGGAAGAAGAAUCAGAGGGGGAUGAUGAGGAUCAGGAGCAAGACCGGAUACAAGCACUGGAAUCCGAGUUGGCUCAGACUGUACGGGAAAAGGAACACCUGUCCACCCAGUAUAGGACGCUCUUGGGGAAAUUGCAGGCUAUGCGGAAUAGCUUGGGAGAGAAGUUGAAGGAAGAUGCCGAAGAACUCGAUCGCCGAGAAGUCUUGAUCAACCAAUUGACGACCGAUCUCCAAGCGACCCAAGCUACGGUGACAACCGUCCAGUCGGAGCUCGCUUCUCUCUCUCAGGAGAACGCUUCCCUAGACACCCAGCUCUCUCAGCUCCGAUUAGAGAACCAACAGAAGAACGAACAAGAUUCUAGCGAUGUCGUCGCUUUGACCCGGGAGUUGAGGGAACUGCGAGGUGAUCUGGAGAGGGUGAGGAUGGAGCGGGAAGAAUGGGAAGAAGAGGCCGGGAGGGAGAGGGAGAAACGGGAAAGGUUAGAAGAGGAAAGACGGGGGAUGGAGAGGAAGUUGAUCGAAGCGGAGGAGAGGCGGAAUGCGGCUGAGGAUGGGUGGAGGAGGGAAGAAAAGCGGGCGAGUAAUCUGGAGGAAGUCUUGGGGGAGUUUCAGGGGGCCAAGGAUUUGGAGAUCGCUCAGGCUACCAACGAGCUGGAGAGUCAACUUCGGUUUGCCGCCUCUUCGCUAGCAGAGUACAAAUCGCGAGCUGCCGAUGCCGAGAAUCGCUUGUCGAAUUUGCAGAAUGAUGCGGGCCGAUCAGCAAAGUUGGACAAGGAACUCAAGGACAAGACGGCCAUGAUCGGGAAGCUGAGGCAUGACUCUGUGGUAAUGCAGGAGCAUCUAACAGAGGCGUUGAGACGACUGAGAAGAAACACGUCAGAGACGAACGUUGACCGACGUCUCGUUACGAACAUUCUCUUGCAAUUCAUCGUGACGCCUCGAGCGGACCCGAAGCGUUUCGAAAUGUUGUCACUACUGGCGACCAUUCUUUCAUGGGAAGAUGGCGAGCGAGAAAAAGCGGGUCUGCAACGCGUAGGAGGGGGAGGGGGACCGAGCGGUCUGCGAAGAAAGACGAGCGAGACAGGAAGUCCUGCCAAGUCGGAUGGCAAGGGCAAAGAGAAGGAGAAUGCACCGGACACGUAUAAUGAGUCGUUUUCCAACCUCUUUGUCGAAUUUCUUCUCAAAGAAGCGGCACAGGGACAAAAGCCGCAAGACUCGAACCCAUCUUCGUCUCACGGCUCACCGCACUCACCACCAGGAUCCAUCCAUCCGGGUACACCCGCCACAGAGCGUGGAGCGACAACACCAGGCGGCGGUCUGUUUGGCUUUGCGCGAUCACGGACAUAUUCGACUGCGUCCAUGACGUCGACUCAGGCUGGUGGCAUGAGGAGUCCACCGUAUGUCGGUAGCAUCGGUCGAAAGGGAAGUGGUCGCGACGCCUCUGGUAAUAGCAUCGGUCUGAUACCUAUGAGUCCGAGAGCGUCGGAAGGGAUGUUGAGCCCGCCUGGGCAUUCACUGUUGAGCCCCGACCUGCCAGGCCCACGUCGGUAGAACCCGGCAGACCGGCGGUUCUGACACACACAUGUUGUACAUCUAUACCUCAAGCGCACAAAGUCUAAACACAUGAAGACCACA